AUGGCUAAUACCCCCGAAAAGAUUCCUCUCGAGCAGCAGCAGCAGCAGCAACCGCCUGCCAAUCCGUUGUAUCCUUCCAUUGGUCAGGAUGCGGCAAACCCUUUGCUUCCACAGGCCGCACCGACCUAUCCAGCGGCUCCAAUGACCACGGGACCACCACCUCCACCCGGUUACAUGGCGGUACCGCAGAACGGAAUGCCGAUCAUGACACAGCCAGGCAUGCCGAUGCAACCCGUACUCGGCCAGCAGCAAGUUAUGUCUUGGAUGCCUAUGCCGCAGGGCAUACCCAACUGUCCGCCUGGCUUGGAAUACCUGACGGCAGUUGAUCAGCUGCUCGUGCACCAGCAGGUCGAGCUGCUGGAGGCCUUCACCGGCUUCGAAAUGGCGAACAAGUACACCGUGAAGAACACCUUCGGGCAGAACGUGUACUGGGCGGUGGAGGACACCAGCUGCUGUAACCGCAUGUGCUGCGGUCCGGAUCGUCCGUUCGAUAUCAAGAUCCUGGACAACUACCAGAACGAGGUGUUGCAUCUGCACCGCGAUCUGCGCUGCAAGUCCUGCUGCUUCCCGUGCUGUCUGCAGAAGCUGGAGGUGUCGGCACCGCCGGGCAACGUGAUCGGUACGGUUGUGCAGAAGUGGAGCCUUUGCCGUCCGGUGUUUGACAUACGCGAUCGCAACAACGAAACGGUGCUGACCAUUCGGGGCCCGGUUUGUCAGUGUUCGCCAUGUGGCGACGUGAAGUUUGCCGUAUUUUCUAAAGAUGGUACCGAGGUCGGCAAGGUGACGAAGCAGUGGACCGGGUUCGUGCAGGAACACUUCACCGAUGCGGACAACUUUGGCAUCAACUUCCCGAUGGAUUUGGACGUUAGGGUGAAGGCUACCAUGCUCGGAGCCCUAUUUUUGAUUGACUACAUGUACUUCGAGAGCGGCAAUAACAAGAAGAUACGUCGUUAA